GCAUCAGCACAAUCACUAGCUUUUUCUCUAGAGAUUAAGCACACCCGAUUUAGUGAGAACCACGCAUCCAAAUGGCGGCAAAGUUCUUCCUCCUUGCCCUUCUGGCCCUAUCGUUUUCCCGUGCUCGUGCCUCGGACCCGAGCCAGCUCCAGGAUUUCUGCGUCGCUGACAGGACAUCCGAAGUUUUUGUCAAUGGAUUUGCAUGCAAGGACCCGAAGACUGCCGUGGUAGAAGACUUCUACUUCUCUGGCCUUCACAUGGCCGGGAACGCGAGCAACAAGCAAGGCUCCGCUGUGACGGCGGUUAAUGUGGCGCAUAUUGCUGGGCUCAACACUUUGGGCAUCUCCUUGGCUCGGGUUGAUUAUGCUCGAUAUGGUCAAAACCCACCCCACAUCCACCCCCGUGCAUCCGAGAUCCUGACGGUGGUAGAAGGCUCGCUCUAUGUUGGUUUCGUGACCUCGAACCCCGAGAACAAGUUGUUCUCAAAAGUUCUUAACCAAGGGGAUGUUUUUGUUUUUCCACAAGGGCUAAUUCACUUUCAGUACAACUGCGGAACCAAAAAAGCUAUAGCCAUUGCGGCGCUGAGCAGCAAGAACCCUGGAGUGAUCACCAUAGCCAAUGUGGUGUUUGCAUCCAAGCCAUCCAUCAAAGAUGAUAUCAUUGCCAAAGCCUUCCAGGUGGACAAGAAGAUUGUUGACCAUAUUCAAGCUCAAUUCUAAACAUAUAUCUGGUGAUAUGCUUAUUUGACUCAUUUGUUGUUUGAUUAAAGAUCAUGUUUGUGUUUCCCUAUAAUGUAAUUUCAUUUUAUGGUUAUGUUAAUCAAAGCUUUUGUGGAAU